CUCGAAACCCGAAGUCAUGAUGGCAGCUCCAUCCAUUCCCCCGGAGGCCCUUCCCGGCAUCCUUUGCUUCCUGAGUGUCAGCGAGCUGUUGCCACUGAGCUGCCUCUGUCGUGAUGUGGCGAAUGUCAUGGCCGAGAGCCUCGUCUGGUGGCUGCAGCUGCCGCCGGCCAUCGAGGCAAGACUGGGACACCACGAGGAGGGCAUCGACGCUAAGGCUCUCAAAAAACUCGUGCUGGGACACCACGUAAGCAUCACGCGACAGUCACUGCCUUCACUUCAUCUUCAUUGUGCUACUUACGUGUUUGUUGUCCUGUGUGUGUUCAGGGCGUGAUCAGAUGCCCAUCCUGUUCGUUCCAUCAGUACUCGCGGCGCGCCCGUCAGAGUUUCGGCACACGCCUCACGGGCCUGUUGACAGAGUUCCGCCGCACUACCAUGCGCUCUGCCUCGGCAAGUCCACCGCAGCAGGAGGCUCGGCCGGAGUCUGCAAGCGCACGAGACCAGCAAGCUGCAGCAGCAUCUGCUGCUGCCCCGAUGGAUGAGGAGGACGCGGUCGAGCCGUCGACCCAUGAGCAGCCGUGUGACUUGCCCCUGCCUGGGAUGGAUGUCGAUGUGGACGAGCACCACGUCGACUUCAGUGAGAUUGAGGCGUGUGCUGAGUGUGGAGAAUUCCUGGAUGUCGGCCGCGACGCAUUCGAUCCCCAGUAAGGAGCUCAAAGGGACACACGGACACAACCAAUGUCUGACUGUCUGUCAUCCGUGCAGGUCUUUCUUUCUGGAGAAGGGUCCGUUUGAGGCUAGAGCAAACGUGCCGCGGCCGCGGCCGAGGGGGGCUCAGGCAAGACGGCACCACGUGGCACCCAGGAGAGGGCAGAUGGCGGCCAGAAGAAAGAGACAGAAGAAGAGAAGAUAGACCAUGAUCGGCCGGCCGAUAGGUAACAGCCAGCCAACUAUCCCCUUUCGCUGGUUCUCUGUGUAUGGAUGGAUGCACGCAAGGGAGGCAAGUCAAGUCAGCGAGUCAGUGAGUGAGUGAGUGAGUGACAUUUUUCUUGUGAGUGACCUGGCUAGCUGUACGUACAGGAUCGAUCGUCUUCACUCAGUCAAUCCAUAUCUGCGAACUCGACUGUCGCCAUUCCAAAAUCAAACCCAUUUUUCAGUUC